AUGCUUCGAGACUUUGCGGUCGAGGCAGGCUUCGCGGUAAAGGUGGAGGACUCUACGCUGUUCACACAGUUGGAGGCGGCUCGAGCGAGACUACUGGGACAGCCACUGGUGGGAGAGGGGACACGGGCUGAGGGACCGGGGGAGCGGAGAGGCGUGGCGGGACAGCCGGGUGGCGGGGGACAGUGGGGACGGCACCAGCUGCGGGGUCAGGUGGAGCGAGGGACAGGUGGGCAGAGGGGACGGCAGGGGGAGCAGACGGGCCAGGACGGGGAGGGGGGACGGCACAGGCAGCAGCAGGAGAGCCAGUGGAGGCCGCGGGCCCAGGGCGCCGCGCCUCCAGGUUCGGCCUCGGGGGCGGGGCAUGGGCGGGAGCAGCAGAGAGCGGACGGAGGUACAGGAGGGGCAGCGGGAUUGGGAGGGGAGGGCCAGGGAGUGAGAGAGGCAGCAGGGGAUGGAGCAAGGGGGUCGGGAGGUUUGGGGGAGGGUAGAGAGGGGGAGGGGAGAGGACAGGUGGAUGGAGGAGAGGAGAGGGGGAGAGAGACGAUCGGAGAGGGGGCACCAAGGGACCAGACAGGGCAGCAGCCAGCGCAACAGCAGGGACCAGUCGGACGCACAGGCCGUGUAGGCACCGCCUCCCGCAUUCCAGAUCUCACCUGCCGCGACGUUGGCCAGGGUCUGAUGGUUCUUGUGGAUGUCUCCAUAGCGGAUCCACAGCGGGAGGGGAACGUGCAGCUGAGACGGGCGACCCCCACACAGAUUGGAGUGGCAGCAGCUAGGCGGGUGCAGGAGAAGCUGCGUCACUGGGGGCCGCACUUAGAGGGGCUGCAGCCGGCACCACACUUUUACGCGUGCGUGGCCGAGACCUUUGGCCUUCUGAGUGAGCCGCUGCGUCAGUUUCUGGGGCUCUGCGCAAAGAGGAUAGCACAGCGGAGGAGGGAUAGAGGUGGGGGGGAUGACGGAUCGGCACGGAUAUUUGAGGCAGGACUCACUACACGCCUCUCCGUUGCACUGCAGCGCGCGCAGGCUCAAUGCAUGAUCCAGCAUGCGUCACACCCCCUGCCCCCUCAUGCCAUCCGCUCCCCCCGCCCCUACCCUCCGCGUGCCCGCUCCCUUGCCGCCUCUUUUGACCCUCCCUGCCCCCCUCGCCGUUUCCCACCGCCCGCCAUUCGCUCCUCCCCGCCCGUGCGCUCCCCUCGCUUACCUUCUCCUCCCCCCUCCCCUCCUCUGCUGCACGCCUCUUCCUUCCCCUCGCCGACCCACUCCACUCCCUGCCCCUCCUCAAUCCGCACCCUGCCCCUCGUAUCUCGCCCCCCUAUGCUUGGUUUCUCCCCUCCCUGCCCCUCGCCGCCUUUCUCCGCCCCCCACCUCCCCCCUCUCCCUGCCCCCCCACUCUCCCCCCCUUGCCCUUGGCUUCCUACCUCCCUGCCCCACCUUUCCCCCCUCCGUGUGCUCAGCUUCUCCCCUCCCUGCCCCUCCCUCCUCCCCGCCCUGCCCCUCGUUUUCCGCCCCCCCACACCCGGUUUCUCCCCUCCCCGCGCCUCCCUUUCUUUCUCCGUGCCUCUCCUUUGCUCCCUCCCUGCCCCCGCCUGCCCAUGGUCCUGUCUUUGGCUUCUCCCCUCCCUGCCCCACGUUUCUUCCCUCCCUGCCCUCCCCCUCUGCCCCUCCCUUGUUUUCCCCUCACCCAUUGCUUCUCCCCUCCCUGCCCUUGUUUCCUACCAUCCAUGCCCCUCGUUUCCCCCCCUUUGUACGUUCAGCCUCUUCCCUCCCUGCCCCUCCCUUCCUCCCCCCCUGCCCUUUGCUCUCCCCUCGUUACGCUCCCUUCUCCCCAUCCCUGCUGCCCUCUUACCACCAUCAGCCCAUCCCCACCACCAGCCCCCCUCCCACCCUUCUCUCCCCCCCUCCCCUUCCCUGUCUCUCCCUCUCUCUCUUUCUCACACACACACACGCACACUCCCCUCCCCCACCCCCCACCCACAUCCUCCCAUUCUGCCCCUCCCUGCCCCUUUCCCACCCCCUCGCACGCCCCUCACCUCCCACCUCCCACCUCCGUGCAACUGGUUUCCCGCCUAUGGUGCCUCCCUUGCAUCGCUCGCCCCUCUGCUCACCCUCUGCCCGCCCCUUUUCCAUGCCCUGAGCUGGCCCAGCCCCUGCCGGUUGCUGCCCCUCCCCUUGCCCCCUCAACUCCCCUGCCCCCCGUACACCCCAGUCCCAUCCAACCGCCCCCACCCUCCCCCGGCUGCCCGUUUCCGCUCUCCACCCCUGCGACCGUGUGCGGCUUCCAACCGCCCAACGGUGGUGCGCACGGGGCGUUUCUUCGCACGGGCAAGCCUCCCCGGGGGCCCCCCAUCCCGCUGGGUCGUUUCACACCCCCUGCCCCCUCAUGCCAUCCGCUCCCCCCGCCCCUACCCUCCGCGUGCCCGCUCCCUUGCCGCCUCUUUUGACCCUCCCUGCCCCCCUCGCCGUUUCCCACCGCCCGCCAUUCGCUCCUCCCCGCCCGUGCGCUCCCCUCGCUUACCUUCUCCUCCCCCCUCCCCUCCUCUGCUGCACGCCUCUUCCUUCCCCUCGCCGACCCACUCCACUCCCUGCCCCUCCUCAAUCCGCACCCUGCCCCUCGUAUCUCGCCCCCCUAUGCUUGCUUCUCCCCUCCCUGCCCCUCCCUCCUCCCCGCCCUGCCCCUCGUUUUCCGCCCCCCCACGCCCGGUUUCUCCCCUCCCCGCGCCUCCCUUUCUUUCUCCGUGCCUCUCCUCUGCUCCCUCCCUGCCCCCGCCUGCCCAUGCCCCUGUCUUUGGCUUCUCCCCUCCCUGCCCCACGUUUCUUCCCUCCCUGCCCACCCCCUCUGCCCCUCCCUUGUUUUCCCCUCACCCAUUGCUUCUCCCCUCCCUGCCCUUGAUUUCCCGCAACCCUGCCCUUGUUUCCUACCAUCCAUGCCCCUCGUUUCCCCCCCUUUGUACGUUCAGCCUCUUCCCUCCCUGCCCCUCCCUUCCUCCCCCCCUGCCUUUUGCUCUCCCCUCGUUACGCUCCCUUCUCCCCAUCCCUGCUGCCCUCUUACCACCAUCAGCCCAUCCCCACCACCAGCCCCCCUCCCACCCUUCUCUCCCCCCCUCCCUUUCCCUCUCUCUCUUUCUCACACACACACACGCACACUCCCCUCCCCCACCCCCCACCCACAUCCUCCCAUUCUGCCCCUCCCUGCCCCUUUCCCACCCCCUCGCACGCCCCUCACCUCCCACCUCCGUGCAACUGGUUUCCCCCCUAUGGUGCCUCCCUUGCAUUGCUCGCCCCUCUGCUCACCCUCUGCCCGCCCCUUUUCCAUGCCCUCAGCUGGCCCAGCCCCUGCCCGUUGCUGCCCCUCCCCUUGCCCCCUCAACUCCCCUGCCCCCCGUACACCCCAGUCCCAUCCAACCGCCCCCACCCUCCCCCGGCUGCCCGUUUCCGCUCUCCAACCCCGCGACCGUGUGCGGCUUCCAACCGCCCAACGGUGGUGCGCACGGGGCGUUUCUUCGCACGGGCAAGCCUCCCCGGGGCCGUACUUCCCCCUCCAGCCUCCCUUUCCCCCCCAGCUACUUCCGCAUCCAGCCCACCUACCCCAGCCUCCCUCUACCUCUCCCUAACUCCACACCGCCGUUCCUACCCCCAGCCAAGGUCUACACCCCUUGCUUUUGCUCCCUGGGCUGUGCCGUCCCCAACCUCCCUCCGCCUUUCCGCGGCACCAGACCGCCUCUCCCUCCCCCAGCCAACCUUUGCACCCCCUGUUCCUGCCCCUUGUGCCCUCCAACACCCUACCUCAACCCCCCCCAGUCUCCCCCUUCUCCAACACCCUCCAUAUUUCCUCCCCCCUGGGGCUCGCCCAUCCGCAGUUAUCACCCUUCAUCGUUUCCCCAAUUCCCUCUGUCCCCUGUUUCCCGGCCCCGCAUCCUAUUCUGCAUUUACCACAGCGCCUCCUUUCGGUGCCCUCUCUGCCCUCCCACGUUCUCACCCUCCGCCUCCCAACCUUCUCAUUACCCGCUACCAGGCUCACGCCAACUCGACUACCCACUACCCUUUGCCCCUUCCUCUCUGUUCCCCACCCUUCCUUUCCCACUUGGCUCCACCUGCCCACCCCCACCUCCCGUGGAAUUCUGCCCUGCCCUCCCCACCUCCGGCCCACCACCUGUCCCCACACCCUGCUCACCCACCGCUACAUCACCCCCGCCCCCCCACCUCCACUACAGCCCGCCAACACUUCCCCUCUCAACCAGCCCCCAGCCCGCCCCCCCCUUGGGCCCCAAUCCCCUCCAACUGUCAGGCCCCCUCUACCCUCUCUUCCACCCACUGCGCACCGCUUUCCCCACCCUUUUCCCCUUUCCCCAAGCUAACCCCCCGCACCCCGGCCUCUGCCAGGGAGUUCCUUCCCCCUUUGACGCCCUCUUGAGCCAACUCCAGCAACUCACACCGCCACCGCCAGGCAUGCUGCCUCUAGCCAGGGGGGAACUUGCAGCUGACACUGCACGGGAAGGGGUAAGUGAGUUUGUGUGUGAAGGAGCAGCAGAGGCUGCAGAGGAUGGGGCAGCAAAGGCUGCACGGGAAGGGGCAAUGGGGGUUGUGGGGGAAGGGGCAGCAGAGGCUGCAGAGGAAAGGGCAGCAGAGGCUGCAAGGGAAGGGGCAGCAGCGGCUGCACGGGAAAGGGCGGCAGGGGCUGCACGGGAAGGGGCGGCAGGGACCACUGCAGCAGUCGAGGCUGCAAGGACUGCAGCAGGAGCAACAGAGGCCACAGUGGGGGCUGGUAUAGGGGGAGGUGCUACGGGUGCAGCGGGGAAGGGGGUAACGGGGACUGGUGCGAGGGAGAGUGCCGCCCCGGCUGUAGCAAGAGAGGGUACGGCAGGGGCUAGAGUGGGAGAGGGGACAGCAGUGGCCUCAAAGGCAGAAGGUGAGGCUGCAUCUGAAGCAGCAGGGAGGGCCAUAGCACGGCCAGUAGGGGCGGCAGGGGCCGCAGCAAACGCGGGGAAACACACAGCAGGGCCGGCAGGGCCGGCAGAGACUGCAAAAGGGGCUAGCAGUAAAGCGGCAGCAGGCGGGGUGGGCUCGGGGGACAUAGGGGCAACAGGGGAAGGAGAGGUGAGUGUGGUCCCGACCGGGGUGGGCACUAAAGAGGGGGAUGUGAUAGCGAUAGAGGAGGAUGAGGGAGAGGAUGUGAUGCACAUUGACGGGCCACUGGCCCAAUACCUCACGCUUGACGGUGAGGCCGACCCGGCCCCCCUGCAGCCUCACGUCGAGAUUCCCCCUCUACCCCCCAUGCCCGUCCCCAUGCUAGCAGAAGGACCGAUGGAGGGGCUGGGGGAGACCUUGAGGACAGAGCCGCGCGAGGGAGCCCCCAUCCUCACCUCCCGUCCUCCAGCCCACCCACCCCCAGGAGCACCACUUCCCCACCCCCACCCUCAGGUCCCGGUAGUGUCCAGGGGGGCAGCCAAGGCCCUGGCCUUCUUGGCGGAGCCGUGCUCCCCGACCCCCACGCUGCUCCAUGGCCAGCUCCCCUCUCCGUCCCCAACGCCUGACCCCACGGUUGCAGGCGGUCCACCGGGAGAGCACGCGGCACACCUCUGCCCCCACCCUCAGGGGCUCCUUAGAGCACCACGUGGAGCAGCCAGGGCUCUGGUCUUCCUAGAGGAGCCAUGCUCCCCGACUCCUACCAACACCCAGCCACCCCCUACCGGCCCACUACCCCCUCCUCCACCAGGCCCCCCCCCACCCGUGGCCUCGUUGGGCAGCCAUCACCCCCCACACACAGCUUGCCCGAUCUGUUCCCACGGAGGGGGAUGUUUCGAGGAGAGAGGGGAUGCACACAGAGCACCCCCCGCCUGGCGAACCACCCAUCCUCCCUCCACCCACCCCUUUGGCCCCACAGCCCCCCCUUCCUUCACAAACAGGCGCGGACAACCAGGUUGGCCGCCGGCGGAAGAACAUGGGCAGAGGGUCAGCCCACCCCGACCACCAAACCUACACUCCCACCCCGCUCCUGCACCUCCACAGGGCCAUGGGAGCGGUCCAGCCCACUCACCCCCAUUCUGCCCCUCCCGUGCUGUGUCCCCCUCCCAGGUGGCGGCGGCCGCGAUCGCUACUGGGAGGGAGGCCGUCGGGUUGAGGGAUGCGCCCAUGGCAGACGCCACCGACUCCCUCUCCCAUCCCUCCCACCCCUUCCAUGUCGACGACCCCCUACCGCAACCCAUGGUGAUUGGGGAGGGCCAAGGGGGCCUUCUAGGGCAGGGUCCACACCCGAGCUCCGCUCAGCCAGCACGCCCCACUCCACCCUCUACCCUGCCAGCCCUCCUACUCUCACCUACAGGCAGGCAGGUCUUCGAGACCCCAGAGGAGGUGAGGGCUGGCAUUUCAGAUUUGCUGGCGAUACACCGCCUGAGCAGCUCUCCGGCUGCCCCCACCCUUCCAGUCCCACAGGACCGGACCCGGACGUAUGCGGAGGUCACCCGGUCUGUCCCUUCUUUUAUCCCCCCCGCCACUCAGCUAGGCGCGUCACUCCCGACCCCAAUGGAGACGGACCGGGUUCUGAGGCCGUGUCACUCGCACCUAGACGGGGUGGCGCCUCCCCCCGUUCAGCCCGUGGCGCAGGAGGUCACCAGCAGUAGGGAUGAGGCAUCCGCCCCUACCGAGACCCCUCCGUCUGGGGUAGCAGAGCCGUCACUUGAACCGCACCCCGCCGAGGGGCAGGAGCACACCACCGCACACACUUCAGGCUCACCUCCACGUCCCCCCUCCCCAGCUUCGACACCGGUACCCGCACGAGGCCCGGCCCUAUCCUGUGCGACACCACCUCUAUCUUCGCUGACACCCCCCCCGCGCGGGGCUGGUGAGCCGUCUCCUCCCCUCAUCCCAGGCAAUCCUCUCGGAGCUCAGGCCGCCCACGGGGUCCCCUCUACAGCCAGUUCCGACGCCACGGCCCCGAUUGACCCCGCCGACACGGCGACAUCACCGGACCAGGUCGUGAGUUGCCCCACCUGCAGGAGCUCCCUUGCGAACCGACGCGCGCUCCAGCACCACAUUCCCUUCUGCCAUCCUGCGGACGCGGCUCGCAGGGCGCAGGCUGCCCAUGAUACCGCCUCGAUCAUCCCUUCCCUCUCACAGCCCCGUGCGACCGGGAUGCAGUUCACCGACGCACAGUGGCAGACGCUCGACUCGGUGGACUGGACAGAGUACUUCUCGCCCGAGCGUAUCCAUACACGCCCUCUCCGACGUGUCCCGGAGAGGGUCCGCGGAGGAUAUCUUGACGUCCUCAGUGCGAUCCUAGUCCGCAUUGCCCAGGACCCGGAGGCUGCUGGCCCUACCUUCCUCCUCGCUGCAGCGCCGACUCUUUUCCUUGUUCCAGCGACGCCACCCGACCGCUCGCACACGGCUGCCAUUGCAGCGCGCAUCUCCCGCUUUGGUCGAGGUGAGUGGGCUGAGCUAGUCUCAGAUGCACUAGGCCGUCGCACACCCCUUCCUCGGCGCACAGGUCACCGGUCACGCACCGCCACCGAUCCCUCUACAGCAGAUGAGCGCCGCAUUGCACGUUGCCUUCGUCUGGCAGCGUGCAAUGAGACCUCACGGGCAUGCGCGGCUCUCGAGUCCGCGGAGGCAGCCCCAGAUACACAGGGGACGAUACAGCGCCUGCAGUCGAAGCACCCCAACGCGGAGAGGCCGACCCCAGCUUGGCUGUCUGGCUUCCAGGGGUCCCCUCUUGUGCUCUCGGUGGAUCACUUACGCCGCGCGAUUUUCACAGCUCCGCGGGGCUCUUCGGGAGGACCGUCCGGUUGGGUCGCUGAGCACCUGCGAGACACUUUCUUAGCUUUCCCUCAGAGUCUCCAUUUCCUCCUGGCCGUGUACCAGCAGUGGCUCCGAGGCCGUUGCGCUCCAGCUGCACGCUCCUUGCUAGCGUCUUCCACCCUCGUGGCCUUGGCGAAGUCGAACAUGGAUGUUCGGCCGAUUGCCAUCGGCGAGGUUUUGGUCCGCAUUCUUUCUCGUGCAGUCUGUCUCCAGCUACGUGACCAGAUGGCGAGGGUCUUCUUGGCGUCACAGCAGUUUGGGGUGGGGGUUAUGUGCGGGACAGAGGUCGUAGUUAGAGGCGUCCGCCGCGCCCUGGCUGACCACCCAGACUGGGUGGUCCUGCAGCUAGACGUGGCGAAUGCCUUUAACUCUUUCCACCGAGACAGGAUGUUCCAGGCGCUGCAGGCCAGCCCGGAGUUUCAGUGUCUGAUCCCCUUCAUCGGCCUCUUCUACGGGACGCCCUCGGAUCUCCACUACAGGUCAGGCACGGGAGUGGUCACGAUGCACUCGGAGCGGGGCACUCGCCAGGGAGACCCUCUCAUCCCCUUCUUGUACGCUCUGACACAGCGUCUUGCUUUGGAGCCGGUUCUGGCGGAGGGGGAUGUCCAGCUCUGGUCGUACGCCGAUGACACGUACGUGCUAGGUCCCCCAGACAGGGUGCUGCACCACUUUGCCGAGAUCGUGAGGCGCUUGGGCGAGAUGGGCCUUGCAGCCCAGCCGCACAAGUGCCUCGUCUACCAGACGGAGUCCUUUCUGUCCAGGGAUCUGGAGGCUUUCACGGGCCUAGGGAUCGAGGUCGCACGCCGAGGGCUCACCGUGACAGGCGUACCGGGCGGAGGUGCAGGGGCGUGGUUGACGUCGGUGCCGUACGCCGACCCACUGCGCAUCCCGGAGGCGCUGUGGCAGGCGGCUUCAUCUUCUCGUCUUGGUCUCCCUAUCCCCCAGUUAGCCCUUGCAGGUCAGUGCUCCUGCGGACAGGCGAUUGACGACAUGACGGUGCCUCAUCACGCGGUUCGGUGCCCGCGCUACGGGGUCGCCACUACCAUCCACGACACGGUGAAGUACAUGCUUCGAGACUUUGCGGUCGAGGCGGGCUUCGCGGUAAAGGUGGAGGACUCUACGCUGUUCACACAGUUGGAGGCGGCUCGAGCGAGACUACUGGGACAGCCAGUGGUGGGAGAGGGGACACGGGCUGAGGGACCGGGGGAGCGGAGAGGCGAGGCGGGACAGCCGGGUGGCGGGGGACAGUGGGGACGGCACCAGCUGCGGGGUCAGGUGGAGCGAGGGACAGAUCUCACCUGCCGCGACGUUGGCCAGGGUCUGAUGGUUCUUGUGGAUGUCUCCAUAGCGGAUCCACAGCGGGAGGGGAACGUGCAGCUGAGACGGGCGACCCCCACACAGAUUGGAGUGGCAGCAGCUAGGCGGGUGCAGGAGAAGCUGCGUCACUGGGGGCCGCACUUAGAGGGGCUGCAGCCGGCACCACACUUUUACGCGUGCGUGGCGGAGACCUUUGGCCUUCUGAGUGAGCCGCUGCGUCAGUUUCUGGGGCUCUGCGCAAAGAGGAUAGCACAGCGGAGGAGGGAUAGAGGUGGGGGGGAUGACGGAUCGGCACGGAUAUUUGAGGCAGGACUCACUACACGCCUCUCCGUUGCACUGCAGCGCGCGCAGGCUCAAUGCAUGAUCCAGCAUGCGAUGCGGCAGUUAGGGAGUCACACCCCCUGCCCCCUCAUGCAAACCGCUCCCCCCGCCCCUACCCUCCGCGUGCCCGCUCCCUUGCCGCCUCUUUUGACCCUCCCUGCCCCCCUCGCCGUUUCCCACCGCCCGCCAUUCGCUCCUCCCCGCCCGUGCGCUCCCCUCGCUUACCUUCUCCUCCCCCCUCCCCUCCUCUGCUGCACGCCUCUUCCUUCCCCUCGCCGACCCACUCCACUCCCUGCCCCUCCUCAAUCCGCACCCUGCCCCUCGUAUCUCGCCCCCCUAUGCUUGGUUUCUCCCCUCCCUGCUCCUCGCCGCCUUUCUCCGCCCCCCACCUCCCCCCUCUCCCUGCCCCCCCACUCUCCCCCCCUUGCCCUUGGCUUCCUACCUCCCUGCCCCACCUUUCCCCCCUCCGUGUGCUCAGCUUCUCCCCUCCCUGCCCCUCCCUCCUCCCCGCCCUGCCCCUUGUUUCCGCCCCCCCACGCCCGGUUUCUCCCCUCCCCGCGCCUCCCUUUCUUUCUCCGUGCCUCUCCUUUGCUCCCUCCCUGCCCCCGCCUGCCCAUGCCCCUGUCUUUGACUUCUCCCCUCCCUGCCCCACGUUUCUUCCCUCCCUGUCCCCCCUCUGCCCCUCCCUUGUUUUCCCCUCACCCAUUGCUUCUCCCCUCCCUGCCCUUGAUUUCCCGCACCCCUGCCCUUGUUUCCUACCAUCCAUGCCCCUCGUUUCCCCCCCUUUGUACGUUCAGCCUCUUCCCUCCCUGCCCCUCCCUUCCUCCCCCCCUGCCCUUUGCUCUCCCCUCGUUACGCUCCCUUCUCCCCAUCCCUGCUGCCCUCUUACCACCAUCAGCCCAUCCCCACCACCAGCCCCCCUCCCACCCUUCUCUCCCCCCCUCCCUUUCCCUCUCUCUCUUUCUCACACACACACACGCACACUCCCCUCCCCCACCCCCCACCCACAUCCUCCCAUUCUGCCCCUCCCUGCCCCUUUCCCACCCCCUCGCACGCCCCUCACCUCCCACCUCCGUGCAACUGGUUUCCCCCCUAUGGUGCCUCCCUUGCAUCGCUCGCCCCUCUGCUCACCCUCUGCCCGCCCCUUUUCCGUGCCCCCAGCUGGCCCAGCCCCUGCCCGUUGCUGCCCCUCCCCUUGCCCCCUCAACUCCCCUGCCCCCCGUACACCCCAGUCCCAUCCAACCGCCCCCACCCUCCCCCGGCUGCCCAUUUCCGCUCUCCACCCCCGCGACCGUGCGCGGCUUCCAACCGCCCAACGGUGGUGCGCACGGGGCGUUUCUUCGCACGGGCAAGCCUCCCCGGGGGCCCCCCACCCCGCUGGGUCGUUGCCCCCUCUACCCUCUCUUCCACCCACUGCGCACCGCUUUCCCCACCCUUUUCCCCUUUCCCCAAGCUAACCCCCCGCACCCCGGCCUCUGCCAGGGAGUUCCUUCCCCCUUUGACGCCCUCUUGAGCCAACUCCAGCAACUCACACCGCCACCGCCAGGCAUGCUGCCUCUAGCCAGGGGGGAACUUGCAGCUGACACUGCACGGGAAGGGGUAAGUGAGUUUGUGUGUGAAGGAGCAGCAGAGGCUGCAGAGGAUGGGGCAGCAAAGGCUGCACGGGAAGGGGCAAUGGGGGUUGUGGGGGAAGGGGCAGCAGAGGCUGCAGAGGAAAGGGCAGCAGAGGCUGCAAGGGAAGGGGCAGCAGCGGCUGCACGGGAAAGGGCGGCAGGGGCUGCACGGGAAGGGGCGGCAGGGACCGUGACUCUGGCCAGGCAAAGGGCAGAGGCCAUGGAGACAGGUUUUGCAGGAGUAGGGGCCACGGAACCUGCUGCUGUGUCGGCUGGGGGAACCGCAGCAGAGGAGGCUAUAGGGACCGCACCAGGGGGAGGUGCUACGGGUGCAGCGGGGAAGGGGGUAACGGGGACUGGUGCGAGGGAGAGUGCCGCCCCGGCUGUAGCAAGAGAGGGUACGGCAGGGGCUAGAGUGGGAGAGGGGACAGCAGUGGCCUCAAAGGCAGAAGGUGAGGCUGCAGCUGAAGCAGCAGGGAGGGCCAUAGCACGGCCAGUAGGGGCGGCAGGGGCCGCAGCAAACGCGGGGAAACACACAGCAGGGCCGGCAGGGCCGGCAGGGACUGCAAAAGGGGCUAGCAGUAAAGCGGCAGCAGGCGGGGUGGGCUCGGGGGACAUAGGGGCAACAGGGGAAGGAGAGGUGAGUGUGGUCCCGACCGGGGUGGGCACUGAAGAGGGGGAUGUGAUAGCGAUAGAGGAGGAUGAGGGAGAGGAUGUGAUGCACAUUGACGGGCCACUGGCCCAAUACCUCACGCUUGACGGUGAGGCCGACCCGGCCCCCCUGCAGCCUCACGUCGAGGUUCCCCCUCUACCCCCCAUGCCCGUCCCCAUGCUAGCAGAAGGACCGAUGGAGGGGCUGGGGGAGACCUUGAGGACAGAGCCGCGCGAGGGAGCCCCCAUCCUCACCUCCCGUCCUCCAGCCCACCCACCCCCAGGAGCACCACUUCCCCACCCCCACCCUCAGGUCCCGGUAGUGUCCAGGGGGGCAGCCAAGGCCCUGGCCUUCUUGGCGGAGCCGUGCUCCCCGACCCCCACGCUGCUCCAUGGCCAGCCCCCCUCUCCGUCCCCAACGCCUGACCCCACGGUUGCAGGCGGUCCACCGGGAGAGCACGCGGCACACCUCUGCCCCCACCCUCAGGGGCUCCUUAGAGCACCACGUGGAGCAGCCAGGGCUCUGGUCUUCCUAGAGGAGCCAUGCUCCCCGACUCCUACCAACACCCAGCCACCCCCUACCGGCCCACUACCCCCUCCUCCACCAGGCCCCCCCCCACCCGGUAGUACACACAUCUCGGAGGUUGAAGCAUCUCUGCGGCCAAAUCCCUCUCCCACACGCUACAGGCACCCAAACCACCCGAGUCGCCGCACAGCCCCAACACGCCCACCCAACAGGCUGCCCUCCCCACACCACCCCCCCCAGGCAGCCGAGACCCACCCGCAAGGGCUUGCGCCCCAGGCUCAUGGGAGCGGCGGCACCCGGGUAGAGGGGCCCACAGGAGAGGCCACCACAGGGCCCACACAAAUCUCUCUCCCCCCACCCUUUGUACCUCGCUCUAACCUCCACACUGGCCCAGCCCCUCGACCCCCACCUCCAACCCCCUCUCCCGGCCGGGUUCCCCACGAGUGGCCCCGUUGGGCAGCCAUCACCCCCCACACACAGCUUGCCCGAUCUGUUCCCACGGAGGGGGAUGUUUCGAGGAGAGAGGGGAUGCACACAGAGCACCCCCCGCCUGGCGAACCACCCAUCCUCCCUCCACCCACCCCUUUGGCCCCACAGCCCCCCCUUCCUUCACAAACAGGCGCGGACAACCAGGUGGCGGCGGCCGCGAUCGCUACUGGGAGGGAGGCCGUCGGGUUGAGGGAUGCGCCCAUGGCAGACGCCACCGACUCCCCCUCCCAUCCCUCCCACCCCUUCCAUGUCGACGACCCCCUACCGCAACCCAUGGUGAUUGGGGAGGGCCAAGGGGGCCUUCUAGGGCAGGGUCCACACCCGAGCUCCGCUCAGCCAGCACGCCCCACUCCACCCUCUACCCUGCCAGCCCUCCUACUCUCACCUACAGGCAGGCAGGUCUUCGAGACCCCAGAGGAGGUGAGGGCUGGCAUUUCAGAUUUGCUGGCGAUACACCGCCUGAGCAGCUCUCCGGCUGCCCCCACCCUUCCAGUCCCACAGGACCGGACCCGGACGUAUGCGGAGGUCACCCGGUCUGUCCCUUCUUUUAUCCCCCCCGCCACUCAGCUAGGCGCGUCACUCCCGACCCCAAUGGAGACGGACCGGGUUCUGAGGCCGUGUCACUCGCACCUAGACGGGGUGGCGCCUCCCCCCGUUCAGCCCGUGGCGCAGGAGGUCACCAGCAGUAGGGAUGAGGCAUCCGCCCCUACCGAGACCCCUCCGCCUGGGGUAGCAGAGCCGUCACUUGAACCGCACCCCGCCGAGGGGCAGGAGCACACCACGGCACACACUUCAGGCUCACCUCCACGUCCCCCCUCCCCAGCUUCGACACCGGUACCGGCACGAGGCCCGGCCCUAUCCUGUGCGACACCACCUCUAUCUUCGCUGACACCCCCCCCGCGCGGGGCUGGUGAGCCGUCUCCUCCCCUCAUCCCAGGCGAUCCUCUCGGAGCUCAGGCCGCCCACGGGGUCCCCUCUACAGCCAGUUCCGACGCCACGGCCCCGAUUGACCCCGCCGACACGGCGACAUCACCCGACCAGGUCGUGAGUUGCCCCACCUGCAGGAGCUCUCUCGCGAACAGACGCGCGCUCCAGCACCACAUUCCCUUCUGCCAUCCUGCGGACGCGGCUCGCAGGGCGCAGGCUGCCCAUGAUACCGCCUCGAUCAUCCCUUCCCUCUCACAGCCCCGUGCGACCGGGAUGCAGUUCACCGAUGCACAGUGGCAGACGCUCGACUCGGUGGACUGGACAGAGUACUUCUCGCCCGAGCGUAUCCAUACACGCCCUCUCCGACGUGUCCCGGAGAGGGUCCGCGGAGGAUAUCUUGACGUCCUCAGUGCGAUCCUAGUCCGCAUUGCCCAGGACCCGGAGGCUGCUGGCCCUACCUUCCUCCUCGCUGCAGCGCCGACUCUUUUCCUUGUUCCAGCGACGCCACCCGACCGCUCGCACACGGCUGCCAUUGCAGCGCGCAUCUCCCGCUUUGGUCGAGGUGAGUGGGCUGAGCUAGUCUCAGAUGCACUAGGCCGUCGCACACCCCUUCCUCGGCGCACAGGUCACCGGUCACGCACCGCCACCAAUCCCUCUACAGCAGAUGAGCGCCGCAUUGCACGUUGCCUUCGUCUGGCAGCGUGCAAUGAGACCUCACGGGCGUGCGCGGCUCUCGAGUCCGCGGAGGCAGCCCCAGAUACACAGGGGACGAUACAGCGCCUGCAGUCGAAGCACCCCAACGCGGAGAGGCCGACCCCAGCUUGGCUGUCUGGCUUCCAGGGGUCCCCUCUUGUGCUCUCGGUGGAUCACUUACGCCGCGCGAUUUUCACAGCUCCGCGGGGCUCUUCGGGAGGACCGUCCAGUUGGGUCGCUGAGCACCUGCGAGACACUUUCUUAGCUUUCCCUCAGAGUCUCCAUUUCCUCCUGGCCGUGUACCAGCAGUGGCUCCGAGGCCGUUGCGCUCCAGCUGCACGCUCCUUGCUAGCGUCUUCCACCCUCGUGGCUCUGGCGAAGUCGAACAUGGAUGUUCGGCCGAUUGCCAUCGGCGAGGUUUUGGUCCGCAUUCUUUCUCGUGCAGUCUGUCUCCAGCUACGUGACCAGAUGGCGAGGGUCUUCUUGGCGUCACAGCAGUUUGGGGUGGGGGUUAUGUGCGGGACAGAGGUCGUAGUUAGAGGCGUCCGCCGCGCCCUGGCUGACCACCCAGACUGGGUGGUCCUGCAGCUAGACGUGGCGAAUGCCUUUAACUCUUUCCACCGAGACAGGAUGUUCCAGGCGCUGCAGGCCAGCCCGGAGUUUCAGUGUCUGAUCCCCUUCAUCGGCCUCUUCUACGGGACGCCCUCGGAUCUCCACUACAGGUCAGGCACGGGAGUGGUCACGAUGCACUCGGAGCGGGGCACUCGCCAGGGAGACCCUCUCAGCCCCUUCUUGUACGCUCUGACACAGCGUCUUGCUUUGGAGCCGGUUCUGGCGGAGGGGGAUGUCCAGCUCUGGUCGUACGCCGAUGACACGUACGUGCUAGGUCCCCCAGCCAGGGUGCUGCACCACUUUGCCGAGAUCGUGAGGCGCUUGGGCGAGAUGGGCCUUGCAGCCCAGCCGCACAAGUGCCUCGUCUACCAGACGGAGUCCUUUCUGUCCAGGGAUCUGGAGGCUUUCACGGGCCUAGGGAUCGAGGUCGCACGCCGAGGGCUCACCGUGACAGGCGUACCGGUAGGCACCGUUUCGUUCGUGGAGCAGAGUCUCCCGGAUCGUCUCGAAAGGAUGGGGCGGGUGCUACCUUGGCUUCCGAGGUUGCGCCAGCCCCAGACAGCUGCCCGCCUCCUUUCGGCGUGUGUCAGCACUCGUCCACAGUACCUGUCGAGGACCGUCCCUCCUUCGCCCGCAGUGAUCUCCAGUUUUACACGGUGGGACGCACGCCUGGGAGAGACAUUUCAGCAGCUUUUAGCUUCAGGGACCUGGGCUUGUCGCGAGGACGUCCGAGAGGCCGCCCUAGACCAGAUCUUCCUCCCCAUCCGUCUCGGGGGUUUCGGCAUUCGUCGCAUGGCGCGCAUUGCCCCGGUGAGUUUCGUGUGCUCCUGGGUGCAGUGUGCACCCAUUCUCUGUUCUCUCCCUGCGUGUGGCGAGGUGUUUCGGCAGAGCUUCGCUUCAGGUGAGCCAGAGCAGAUCGACCGGGCUCUGCAGACGGCGCUAGAGGGUCUCCCACCUGACGUUCUCUCUCUCCUUCCCCCCAGGCCCUCUUGCGCUUCUGCCUCCCCCGAUUCCCUUUUUGCAGGAGCGAGCCGUCUUCUGGAGGCGCAUGCCUUGGAGGCCGUGCGUGCCCGUCACGCCUCUCCCUUGCACCUUGCCCGUUUGACUUCCCUUCAGGGCGGAGGUGCAGGGGCGUGGUUGACGUCGGUGCCGUACGCCGACCCACUGCGCAUCCCGGAGGCGCUGUGGCAGGCGGCUUCAUCUUCUUGUUUUGGUCUCCCUAUCCCCCAGUUAGCCCUUGCAGGUCAGUGCUCCUGCGGACAGGCGAUUGACGACAUGACGGUGCCUCAUCACGCGGUUCGGUGCCCGCGCUACGGGGUCGCCACUACCAUCCACGACACGGUGAAGUACAUGCUUCGAGACUUUGCGGUCGAGGCGGGCUUCGCGGUAAAGGUGGAGGACUCUACGCUGUUCACACAGUUGGAGGCGGCUCGAGCGAGACUACUGGGACAGCCAGUGGUGGGAGAGGGGACACGGGCUGAGGGACCGGGGGAGCGGAGAGGCGAGGCGGGACAGCCGGGUGGCGGGGGACAGUGGGGACGGCACCAGCUGCGGGGUCAGGUGGAGCGAGGGACAGGUGGGCAGAGGGGAUGGCAGGGGGAGCAGACGGGCCAGGACGGGGAGGGGGGACGGCACAGGCAGCAGCAGGAGAGCCAGUGGAGGCCGCGGGCCCAGGGCGCCGCGCCUCCAGGUUCGGCCUCGGGGGCGGGGCAGGGGCGGGAGCAGCAGAGAGCGGACGGAGGUACAGGAGGGGCAGCAGGAUUGGGAGGGGAGGGCCAGGGAGUGAGAGAGGCAGCAGGGGAUGGAGCAGGGGGGGUCGGGAGGUUUGGGGAGGGUAGAGAGGGGGAGGGGAGAGGACAGGUGGAUGGAGGAGAGGAGAGGGGGAGAGAGACGAUCGGAGAGGGGGCACCAAGGGACCAGACAGGGCAGCAGCCAGCGCAACAGCAGGGACCAGUCGGACGCACAGGCCGUGUAGGCACCGCCUCCCGCAUUCCAGAUCUCACCUGCCGCGACGUUGGCCAGGGUCUGAUGGUUCUUGUGGAUGUCUCCAUAGCGGAUCCACAGCGGGAGGGGAACGUGCAGCUGAGACGGGCGACCCCCACACAGAUUGGAGUGGCAGCAGCUAGGCGGGUGCAGGAGAAGCUGCGUCACUGGGGGCCGCACUUAGAGGGGCUGCAGCCGGCACCACACUUUUACGCGUGCGUGGCGGAGACCUUUGGCCUUCUGAGUGAGCCGAUGCGUCAGUUUCUGGGGCUCUGCGCAAAGAGGAUAGCACAGCGGAGGAGGGAUAGAGGUGGGGGGGAUGACGGAUCGGCACGGAUAUUUGAGGCAGGACUCACUACACGCCUCUCCGUUGCACUGCAGCGCGCGCAGGCUCAAUGCAUGAUCCAGCAUGCGGUGCGGCAGUUAGGGAGGUCCGACGACGGGUGGAUGCCCGCACCAGUCCCACUGGGUGCGGGGCAGGGAACUUGGCACCACGUCACAGGGUGCUUCGAGAGUUCACACCCCCUGCCCCCUCAUGCCAUCCGCUCCCCCCGCCCCUACCCUCCGCGUGCCCGCUCCCUUGCCGCCUCUUUUGACCCUCCCUGCCCCCCUCGCCGUUUCCCACCGCCCGCCAUUCGCUCCUCCCCGCCCGUGCGCUCCCCUCGCUUACCUUCUCCUCCCCCCUCCCCUCCUCUGCUGCAUGCCUCUUCCUUCCCCUCGCCGACCCACUCCACUCCCUGCCCCUCGUAUCUCGCCCCCCUAUGCUUGGUUUCUCCCCUCCCUGCCCCUCGCCGCCUUUCUCCGCCCCCCACCUCCCCCCUCUCCCUGCCCCCCCACUCUCCCCCCCUUGCCCUUGGCUUCCUACCUCCCUGCCCCACCUUUCCCCCCUCUGUGUGCUCAGCUUCUCCCCUCCCUGCCCCUCCCUCCUCCCCGCCCUGCCCCUCGUUUUCCUCCCCCCCACACCCGGUUUCUUCCCUCCCCGCGCCUCCCUUUCUUUCUCCGUGCCUCUCCUUUGCUCCCUCCCUGCCCCCGCCUGCCCAUGGUCCUGUCUUUGGCUUCUCCCCUCCCUGCCCCACGUUUCUUCCCUCCCUGCCCCCGCCUGCCCAUGCCCCUGUCUUUGGCUUCUCCCCUCCCUGCCCCACGUUUCUUCCCUCCCUGCCCUCCCCCUCUGCCCCUCCCUUGUUUUCCCCUCACCCAUUGCUUCUCCCCUCCCUGCCCUUGUUUCCUACCAUCCAUGCCCCUCGUUUCCCCCCCUUUGUACGUUCAGCCUCUUCCCUCCCUGCCCCUCCCUUCCUCCCCCCCUGCCCUUUGCUCUCCCCUCGUUACGCUCCCUUCUCCCCAUCCCUGCUGCCCUCUUACCACCAUCAGCCCAUCCCCACCACCAGCCCCCCUCCCACCCUUCUCUCCCCCCCUCCGUUUCCCUCUAUCUCUUUCUCACACACACACACGCACACUCCCCUCCCCCACCCCCCACCCACAUCCUCCCAUUCUGCCCCUCCCUGCCCCUUUCCCACCCCCUCGCACGCCCCUCACCUCCCACCUCCGUGCAACUGGUUUCCCCCCUAUGGUGCCUCCCUUGCAUCGCUCGCCCCUCUGCUCACCCUCUGCCCGCCCCUUUUCCGUGCCCCCAGCUGGCCCAGCCCCUGCCCGUUGCUGCCCCUCCCCUUGCCCCCUCAACUCCCCUGCCCCCCGUACACCCCAGUCCCAUCCAACCGCCCCCACCCUCCCCCGGCUGCCCGUUUCCGCUCUCCACCCCCGCGACCGUGCGCGGCUUCCAACCGCCCAACGGUGGUGCGCACGGGGCGUUUCUUCGCACGGGCAAGCCUCCCCGGGGGCCCCCCACCCCGCUGGGUCGUUCCGUACUUCCCCCUCCAGCCUCCCUUUCCCCCCCAGCUACUUCCGCAUCCAGCGUGGGCUGCACCUCUGCAUCCCGCCCUGCCAGGCCCUUCGGUGACCCAACUGCCGCCACCUGGCACCACGCCGCCUUUCCCACCCCCAUCCAAUCUCUACACCCCCUGCCCCUGCUCCCUGCGCAAUCCAGCCACCUACCCCAGCCUCCCUCUACCUCUCCCUAACUCCACACCGCCGUUCCUACCCCCAGCCAAGGUCUACACCCCUUGCUUUUGCUCCCUGGGCUGUGCCGUCCCCAACCUCCCUCCGCCUUUCCGCGGCACCAGACCGCCUCUCCCUCCCCCAGCCAACCUUUGCACCCCCUGUUCCUGCCCCUUGUGCCCUCCAACACCCUACCUCAACCCCCCCCAGUCUCCCCCUUCUCCAACACCCUCCAUAUUUCCUCCCCCCUGGGGCUCGCCCAUCCGCAGUUAUCACCCUUCAUCGUUUCCCCAAUUCCCUCUGUCCCCUGUUUCCCGGCCCCGCAUCCUAUUCUGCAUUUACCACAGCGCCUCCUUUCGGUGCCCUCUCUGCCCUCCCACGUUCUCACCCCCCGCCUCCCAACCUUCUCAUUACCCGCUACCAGGCUCACGCCAACUCGACUACCCACUACCCUUUGCCCCUUCCUCUCUGUUCCCCACCCUUCCUUUCCCACUUGGCUCCACCUGCCCACCCCCACCUCCCGUGGAAUUCUGCCCUGCCCUCCCCACCUCCGGCCCACCACCUGUCCCCACACCCUGCUCACCCACCGCUACAUCACCCCUGCCCCCCCACCUCCACUACAGCCCGCCAACACUUCCCCUCUCAACCGGCCCCCAGCCCGCCCCCCCCUUGGGCCCCAAUCCCCUCCAACUGUCAGGCCCCCUCUACCCUCUCUUCCACCCACUGCGCACCGCUUUCCCCACCCUUUUCCCCUUUCCCCAAGCUAACCCCCCGCACCCCGGCCUCUGCCAGGGAGUUCCUUCCCCCUUUGACGCCCUCUUGAGCCAACUCACACCGCCACCGCUAGGCAUGCUGCCUCU